AGAAAAAAAUUUGUGUGGCGCUGUUGCUCAUUAAGUAUACAUAAAAAAAAAAUUAAAUUGCACACAUAUUUAUUAUUAAAAGGUGCGCUCGAAACAAAGAGCGAAGAACGAGCGAGCGAAUAACAACAAUAGCAAGUAGCAGCAAGAGCAGCACCAGCAGUGGCGGCACACAGUGGUGAGCAGCAGCGUUUACAAACAGCAGCAGCAACAACGCAAAGCAGCCGCAGCCAGCAGAGACAGCGACAGUGGCAGAAGCAGAGAGAAGAGGCGCAGUAGUUGUUGAAGUAAAAUAGCAGUCGCAAGUAGCAGCAGCACCAGGCAGAACGACGUUGACGGUGACAGCGACGACGAGAAACAACAACGACGACAAUGAACACGCUGAGCGCUAACAACGGGACAAACGGAAGUGGAGCCAGCAGCUCAACGGGCAACAAUGGCUCCUCCAACACCACAGCAAACGCCACAACAGCCGGCAACGCUGGUGGAGGGAGCAGCGGAGGUGGCGGCGGCAUUGUUGGCCUGGAUGAAGUGGGCGGCGAUGCUAGUUCAAGGAGACAAGCGACGCGUGUGUUCAAGAAGAGUUCAUCCAAUGGCAAAAUUACCGUCUAUUUGGGUAAACGUGAUUUUGUGGAUCAUGUGACGCAUGUGGAUCCCAUUGAUGGUGUCGUGUUUAUUGAUCCCGAGUACGUGAAGGAUCGUCGGGUGUUUGGCCAAGUUUUGGCCGCCUUUCGCUAUGGACGCGAGGAUCUCGAUGUUUUGGGUUUGACAUUCCGCAAGGAUUUGUAUUUGGCGCACGAACAGAUUUAUCCACCAAUGCAGCUGCAGCGACCCACGACGCGUUUGCAGGAGCGUCUGAUCAAGAAACUGGGACCGAACGCACAUCCGUUUUACUUUGAAGUGCCGCCCUAUUGUCCGGCCUCGGUGUCCUUGCAGCCGGCGCCGGGCGAUGUGGGAAAAUCCUGUGGAGUCGAUUACGAGUUGAAGGCGUUUGUGGGUGAACACAUCGAGGACAAGCCACACAAACGCAAUUCGGUUCGAUUGACGAUUAGAAAAGUGAUGUAUGCGCCAUCGAAGGCCGGCGAACAGCCUUCCAUUGAGGUUAGCAAAGAGUUCAUGAUGAAACCGAAUAAAAUUCAUUUGGAGGCGAGUCUGGACAAGGAACUGUAUCAUCAUGGCGAGAAGAUAUCGAUCAAUGUGCAUGUGGCCAACAAUUCGAAUCGCACCGUCAAGAAGAUCAAGGUGUGUGUUCGACAAUUCGCCGACAUUUGUUUGUUCUCCACGGCCCAAUACAAAUCGGUGGUCGCUGAAACCGAAUCCGAAGACGGAUGCAGUGUUGCACCCGGCUUUACGCUCUCCAAGGUCUUUGAGCUGUGUCCGCUGCUGGCCAACAACAAGGACAAAUGGGGACUGGCGCUCGAUGGUCAGCUGAAGCAUGAGGAUACAAAUCUGGCGUCCAGCACGCUCGUCACCAAUCCUGCCCAACGCGAAAGCUUAGGCAUUUUGGUCCACUACAAGGUCAAGGUGAAGCUACUGAUCGGUUCACCGUUGUUGGGCGGCGAUCUGGUUGCUGAGCUGCCGUUCACGCUUAUGCAUCCCAAGCCCGAGGAGGAGGAGCCCCCGCUGCUGGGCGAUCGAUCGCCACGUGCCAGCUUGGCGGCGCCUCUGCUGAGCUUGGGCGGCGAUGCUGGGGAGUCGGGUGAUGCAGCGGGCGCGGCGCAAGCGCAAAAGGAUGUGCCCACCACCACGAACCUCAUACAGCUGGACGACGAUGAUGCCCAAGAUGAUGAUAUUAUCUUUGAGGACUUUGCGCGUCUGCGAUUAAAGGGCGCCGAAACAGAGGCUUAGAGCGUCGUCGUCGUCGUCGUCGUCGAUGUGCUGAUGAUGAUGUUCGUUGUCAGUUGUCCGUUAGUUAGUUAUUUGUGUGGUUGCUGCGAGCAGCUGAUCAUUAUUAUUGUCCAACUCUACAUACUUAAUGUAUAUCCAAAAACAAACAAACAACACACAGAAAUAUGGCAUUUGUAUCAUAUAUGAGAUGAGGUAUUUUACGGAGUCACCGCCCCCGCCCCCCCUGAUUGUAAACUAUCAAUAAGUACGUAUCCAUGGUACAUAGUUUUUAGUUUGCUAUCGAUGAUGAUGAUGAUGAUGAUAUGUGUAGGCCAUACGUUCUAGUAUCUAUAGUGCUUAAGCUGAAAGUGUACGAAUUUUUAGAGAAUGUGAAAUUGUUUAACAAAUACACAGCAACAAAUAUCGUUCAAACACUGCGAAUUAACAAAAAAAAAAUGUAAAACAAAAACAAAAAACAAAAUGUUAAAGAAAACACAGACCAACAACAACAACAAAACGAAAAUGCCUGCAAAAGUUUUGCAAAUGAAUGAAAGAAUUAUGCACAACAAACGUAAUGCAAUUGAUUUUGUAAUUGUUUAUUUGUUUUUAUAUUUGCCAUUGCAUUUUUGUAACGCUUUCAAUGCUCAAUGCCCAACAAGAAAAAUACGCGCAAUUCUUUGUUAAGAGCCAUCUUAUGCAUACCACAACAAAAACCAUAUUUGACAGUAAGAACAAGAGAAUUAUGUAAAUCUAUAUCUUAUUAUUUUUUAUUUAGUUAACUCCAAACACUCUUUAAUUUGUUGUCGUACCGUUUGAACGGAUAUGUCGCAACGUUUAUAAGCUUUAAAUGAAAUUAAUUUUUGUAUUUAGUCGUAAAAGCAAAACAGCAACAGAUUUUUUGAUUUAAACGGAAGAAUAUACAUACAGAUACAUACUAUAUGCAUAAACUACAUUAAAUCAAAUUAUAUUGCAAAAUACAUUUAUGUAACUCACAAAUAAAACAGAAAAAUCAACAAUGAAAACA